CCGGUCUGCUCCGCGCGCCCCGCCCCUGCGUUCCCUCCUCGCCGGUGCGCGAGCCAGCGAGCGAGUUUGGGAUUAGGAAAUUGAGCGGGCCUGGGUGACAGAGUCGCGGGGCCAGUCCCAGGGAAGCCGCGCUCCCGCCCCAACCCCAGCCGAGGAUGGCCUCUACCGCCACCUGCACCAGGUUCACCGACGAGUAUCAGCUCUUCGAGGAGCUCGGAAAGGGGGCAUUCUCAGUGGUGAGAAGAUGUAUGAAAAUCCCUACUGGACAAGAGUAUGCUGCCAAAAUUAUCAACACCAAAAAGCUUUCUGCUAGGGAUCAUCAGAAACUGGAAAGGGAAGCUAGAAUCUGCCGUCUUUUGAAACAUCCCAAUAUUGUACGACUUCAUGACAGCAUAUCAGAAGAGGGCUUUCAUUACUUGGUGUUUGAUUUAGUUACUGGAGGUGAACUGUUUGAAGAUAUAGUGGCCAGAGAAUAUUACAGUGAAGCUGAUGCCAGUCAUUGUAUACAGCAGAUUCUAGAAAGUGUAAAUCAUUGUCACCUAAAUGGCAUAGUGCACAGGGACCUGAAGCCUGAGAAUUUGCUUUUAGCUAGCAAAUCUAAGGGAGCAGCUGUGAAACUGGCCGACUUUGGUUUAGCCAUAGAAGUUCAAGGUGACCAGCAGGCGUGGUUUGGAUUUGCUGGUACCCCUGGAUAUCUGUCUCCGGAAGUUUUACGUAAAGAUCCUUAUGGGAAGCCUGUGGAUAUGUGGGCAUGUGGUGUCAUUCUGUAUAUUCUACUGGUGGGGUAUCCUCCCUUCUGGGAUGAGGACCAACACAGACUCUACCAGCAAAUCAAGGCUGGUGCAUAUGAUUUUCCAUCACCAGAAUGGGACACAGUAACUCCUGAAGCCAAAGACCUUAUCAACAAAAUGCUUACCAUCAACCCUGCCAAACGCAUCACAGCCUCAGAGGCCCUGAAACACCCAUGGAUCUUUCAACGUUCUACUGUUGCUUCCAUGAUGCACAGACAGGAGACUGUUGAUUGCUUGAAGAAAUUUAAUGCUAGACGAAAACUAAAGGGUGCCAUUUUGACAACCAUGCUGGCUACAAGGAAUUUUUCAGCAGCCAAGAGUUUGUUGAAGAAACCAGAUGGAGUAAAGAUAAACAACAAAGCCAACGUGAUAACCAGCCCCAAAGAAAAUAUUCCUACCCCAGCGCUGGAGCCCCAAACUACUGUAAUCCACAACCCUGAUGGAAACAAGGAGUCAACAGAGAGUUCAAAUACAACAAUUGAGGAUGAAGAUGUAAAAGCACGAAAGCAAGAGAUUAUCAAAGUCACUGAACAACUGAUUGAAGCAAUCAACAACAGGGACUUUGAAGCUUACACGAAAAUCUGUGACCCAGGCCUUACUGCCUUUGAACCUGAAGCUUUGGGUAACUUAGUGGAAGGGAUGGACUUUCACCGAUUCUACUUUGAAAAUGCUUUGUCCAAAAGCAGUAAACCAAUCCACACCAUCAUUCUGAACCCCCAUGUCCAUCUGGUAGGAGAUGAUGCUGCCUGCAUAGCAUACAUUAGGCUCACACAGUACAUGGAUGGUAGUGGGAUGCCAAAGACCAUGCAAUCAGAAGAGACCCGUGUGUGGCACCGCCGGGAUGGAAAGUGGCAGAAUGUUCAUUUUCAUCGCUCGGGGUCACCCACCGUACCCAUCAACUAAUCAUCAACAGUCCCACUUCUUCAUUCUCUGUUCCCAAGGCACCCAGGUGAUUCCCUCAGCCAUCCUCUCCUCCUCUUCAUGCAUGUUUGAGUGCAUGAAGUUGUGAAGGUCCUCCACAUGUUGCAUAUGCAAUGCAUCAUCUUGUCCUCUAUUCCUUGUAUAUUGUUUACACUUCCUCAGUGACGAUGCUCAAUGCACACUUCAGUGACUGUUGGCAAACUAGAGGGGCAGUCAGAAAAAGGAAUUCCACAAUGUUCCAGGUACAGCAUAUUCAAGGUUCUAUGUUUAUGCCAAGAUCUAACAGACUUAAAAUCAUUGUUCUCUGAGUGGCAAUUUGUAAGAGACAAAUAAAUUUUUGGUUGUGGCUUGUUUUUUGUUUUAAGGUUAAAAAAUACACCUUCAGUUUCCUGGUGUGACCCUGGUUACAAUGGGUGGUUUUCACUGAAAGCUUUGCUGAUGCACAAUGAAAGUGGGUUGAUGUGUAGACAAAAAUAUCACAUAUGAAAGUAGGAACAAGAUUUGACUGAUUUGCUACCAUUGAAAGCCAUAUUGUUUUUAGUCAAACUGUGUAAACUGGAAGAACUCAUAUAAUUUACACAUUUGAUCACUUUCACACACAUUCACACUGUUUUGGUGAAUUUGCUGAAAUGAUUUUCUUUUUCCUUUCUCAAAUCUUUUCUGUUUUCUUAAUUUUAUCUUA